AUGUUGGUGAAGCAGAUCCGGUCAUCAACCACUUUUGCAGUCAUUGUGGUCUGCGUGGCGGUUUUUACUGAUAUCUUCCUCUAUGGACUAGUCGUGCCUGUGCUUCCAUUUGCCCUCGCCGAGCGUGUAGGUCUCACUGAUGCCGAUAUUCAGCGUUGGAAUUCCAUCUUACUUGCCAGCUACGGGGCAUCCAUCAUGCUGGGCUCAUUGCUAUUCGGUUGGAUGGGCGACCGAACUCGUACGAAGCAGCUGCCAUUUUUGCUUGGGGUCGGGGUUAUGGGGGGUGCUACACUGCUCUUUUCGCUUACCGGCUCAUUGACUCUGAUCCUUCUCGCUCGAAUCCUACAGGGCUGCUCCACUGCCAUAGUAUUUACCAUCGGCUUUAGUCUGAUGCUGGACACAGUUGGUGAACAACACAUAGGACGUGCCAUCGGCUUUACGAGCAUGAGUCUCAGCGUUGGCUUAUUCGCAGGGCCCAUCGUGGGUGGGCUUCUAUAUGAUCUAGCGGGAUACUUCGCCGUGUUUGUCCCAGCCUUCGUGCUUGUAGUACUGGAGUUUGUGCUACGGGUGCUUCUCAUCACGCCGUCGCAUGAGAUUGAUGUCAAGCAAGACCUCUCCGACGAGGAGGGGCGUCCGCUAAUGUCAGACGUGGCAGGUACUCCUGUUACAGGCUCUCCAAGGAAGCCUGCAUUGUUAUACUUGAUAUGCAUGCCUAGGUUCCUCGUGGCAAUGGUGGGAAUGUUCAUGCUGAACUCGUUCAUGACUUCCUUGGAGGCCGUACUGCCCGUGUAUCUCCCCGAGGUUUUUCCCUACCGGUCGACAGACAUCGCCAUUGUAUUUUUGUCCAAUACCCUUCCUAUGAUCUGCUCUCCGCUUGGCGGAUUUGUGGUGGAUCGCUUUGGUCCGUUCUGGCCGGCGAUUCUGGGCUUUGCAUUAAUUACUCCGAGCCUUAUGCUGCUCUCGUUGAUACUUAAACCGACGGAAGUAAUGUCAGUGCUGCUCCGCCUGUUUUUAUUCCUUUUCGGUUGUGGGGUAUCACUUGCCAUGCCUGCAAUGAUGACAGAAAUUACCUUAGCCAAGGACGACAUGGAGAAGAGACGUCCAGGGAUCUUCGGGGAUGAAGGGGCGUCUUCGCAAGCUUACGGUCUAAGUAACGCCGCAUUUGCUGCUGGGACACUGGUUGGGCCUCUGUAUGCCGGAUACAUUCGGGAAGCUCUGAGUUGGGCGACCAUGGCCAUCUCACUAGGAACCUUCAGUGCUUUGAUGAUGAUUCUCGCUAUUGCAUUCACUCCCAUGAAAAGGUCAAGGGGUACGGCGCGCUCCAAUUCCCAGAUCAUCUAG